ACCCGGGAAAAGUUACGCCUGAACAUUGUGGCACAUUGUGGAAAAAAAAACGAAGAAAAAAAGAUUACAACAGACAAGUUUGAAAAGAAGAGAACUCCACUUAGAUAUUUGCUCCACGGGGUAUAAAGGCAUGCAUAUGUUGAGGUAAGUAGUGUGACACUUCGAGGCACCUUGGCAAGCAGUGAGAGAGGAUCAAUCAAUCUCAACUCUCCCCGCUCACCGAACGACUACCCCUGCAACAGGUUAGAAGAUAAUCAAAAUAACAAUAAUUGACGAAGUUAACUGCAACAGUAAUGCCAUCCAACAAGUAUUCUUCAGCCAUCAUGGUUGAGAGUGACAAGAUGACGGCAACAGCUGAGGUGAACGGAGACAUUCCUGCAGCCGAGGGACCAUCAGAGAACGACAGUGGCGCAGAGAUGACCAAUGAGAACAGCCCGCUGACCGCUGCUGAGCCGCCCUCCCCCUUCAGCCCCAAGCAGAACGGAGACGCUGCCUCACCUGCAGACUCAGAUGUUAACCAGUUGUCUGAAAGCAGGAAGAGAACCAGGAAGAGGUCCUCUGAGGAGGAAGAUUGCAGCUGGGACUCCUCAUAUAGUGAGCAGAAGGCCAAGGUAGCAGGAGUGGGGGGCUCAGAGUCUGGCUCGGGUCUGAGACAGAGACCCUCUCCCAGGACCAUCUUCCAGGCCGGUCUGUUGGCCACUCACAGCAAACCACGCAGCCGCGAGCAGAGAAGGGGAGGACGCCAGAACAAGCUGGAGCACCACAGCAGUCCUCUGAGCCUGGCCUGCAGUGUUGGCCCCGGGCCACUGGUGUCCGUGGUCCCUGAGAGCCCCUCCCUGGAGCUCCUUGAGCAGGACUCUAAGGAUUCGGCCCAGAGCACCUCCUCCAACACCACAGAGCCUGCCUGCCAGCCAGAGUACAAGGACAACAAGGGUUUUGGCAUUGGGGAGCUGGUGUGGGGGAAGAUCAAGGGGUUCUCCUGGUGGCCAGGCAUCGUGGUCACCUGGCGCGCCACGGGCAAACGACAAGCCACUCAUGGCAUGAGGUGGCUGCAGUGGUUCGGUGAUGGCAAGUUCUCUGAGGUUUCAGCUGACAAGCUGGACUCCAUCACUGCUUUCCCCAAGUUCUUCAACCAAGCCUCCUACGCCAAGCUGGCAUCCUACCGCAGGGCCAUCUUCCAGACACUGGAGAUGGCCAGUCUGCGUGCUGAGAAGCCAUUCCCUCCAUGUGAGUCAGAGGGGCCAGAGGACCAGGUCAAGCCCAUGCUGGACUGGGCCAACGGGGGCUUCCUGCCUAAGGGCCAGGAGGGCCUCAAACCCACAGAGAACCCUGACAGCAACCCGUUAAACCACAAAGUGUUGGACGUCAGUCUGCUAGAGUAUUUCCCCACAUCCAAGAGGCCCCGCAUCAGCCUUUGUAAGGCCAAGAGCAGCCCAGAGGAGGUCUACAGUAGAGAACAAAUGGUGCAUGAAGUUUUGAAGAAUAACAGAAGUAUAGAAGAGUUUUGCCUCUCAUGUGGGAAAACACGAGCGGCAACCUUCCACCCACUUUUUGAAGGAGGCCUUUGCCAAGCAUGCAAGGACGUGUAUCUUGAGAUCUCCUACAUGUAUGAUGACGAUGGCUACCAAUCGUACUGUACCGUGUGCUGCGGGGGCCGCGAGGUGUUACUGUGUGGGAACGCCAACUGCUGCAGGUGUUUCUGUGUAGAAUGCCUGGACAUUCUGGUGGGCGCGGGGGCGUCAAACAGUGCCCGUAACCUGGACCCAUGGCGCUGCUACAUGUGCCAGCCCCUGCAGCCCUACGGUGUGCUCAAACAACGCCACAAUUGGAGCAUGAAGCUGCGGGAGUUCUUUAUCAACGACAACGGCCAGGAGUUUGAAAGCCCAAAUAUCUACCGGGCUGUCCCUGCAGAACAGAGGCACCCCAUCCGCGUGCUCUCAUUGUUUGAUGGCAUCGCCACUGGCUACUUAGUGCUACGAGACCUAGGAUUCAAAGUGGACCAUUAUAUUGCAUCAGAGGUGUGUGAGGAUUCCAUAUCGGUGGGGGUCGUCCGACAUGAAGGAAGAAUCCAGUACGUGCACGACGUGCGCAACAUCACCAGAAAAAAUAUAGAAGAGUGGGGCCCAUUUGACCUGGUGAUAGGAGGAAGCCCCUGUAACGACCUAUCUAUCGUCAACCCCGCCAGGAAGGGACUGUACGAGGGCACAGGGAGGUUGUUCUUUGAGUUCUACCGCCUGCUGAGUGAGGCCAAGCCCAAGGAGGGCGAGGACCGCCCAUUCUUCUGGAUGUUCGAGAACGUGGUCGCCAUGGGCGUCAACGACAAGAGGGACAUCUCUCGUUUCCUCGAAUGCAAUCCAGUGAUGAUCGAUGCCAUUGAGGUGUCUGCGGCUCACAGGGCUAGGUACUUCUGGGGCAACCUACCAGGGAUGAACAGGCCUCGGUGUGCAUCCGGGAUGGACAAGCUAGAGCUACAGGACUGUCUGGAACAUGGCCGUGUGGCUAAGUUUGGAAAGGUGCGCACCAUCACCACGCGCGCCAACUCCAUCAAGCAGGGCAAAGACCAGCACUUUCCCGUCAUGAUGAAUGGCAAAGAGGACAUUCUGUGGUGCACUGAGCUGGAGAGGAUCUUUGGCUUCCCGGUCCACUACACAGAUGUGUCCAACAUGGGCCGCGGUGCCAGGCAGAAGCUUCUGGGCAGGUCCUGGAGCGUACCUGUCAUCAGACACCUGUUUGCCCCUCUGAAGGACUACUUUGCAUGUGAAUAGCACCCUCCCUAACCAACCUCUGUAGUUCUAACUUGGCUUCAAUCAGAAGUGCCAAUGUCAAGUUAGACAAUCUUGUUAUCCCCUGGUAGGCAAAAGCCAAAGUGUUAUUUUAGGGUUUUAAGGUUUUAUACACUGCUUUUACUUUUUAACAAAUGACUUCCCCUCAUGUUGUCUUUGAGUGGAUUUGUUGUAAUCACAAAGUCAGACAUAUUUUUAUGCCACACUGAUUUUCUAAAACUAGAGAAGGUUUUAUAUAACAAUUUAUAUAGAUCUCUUUAUCAAUGAGUAGACAUUUUUGUUUCAUUUUCAUGAUGUCAACAUCGGGAAAUGUACGCGUUCUUCUCCCAAAUGCCAAUGUGAAGUAAUACUUGAAACAAUUCAAUACAAAAAUGUCCAAUCGAGCUGAGAGACAAUAAAGAAUUCUCCGUUCUCCAGCCAUCCAAAAAUACAUUUAAAAAAUGUACUGUAAAAUCAAUACAAAGACGUAAAGACAUCUCAAUAUUGGACAUUUUGACAUUUGUCAUGUGCUACUGUUCUAAAGUAUCCAUAUUCUUGAACUGGAAGUUAGUUUUUGCUUUCACCAAAUAUAAGUGAGAGUUACCUCAUCAUCCAGGGCAUCUGAAAACCCAUCUUGGCUAUCUGUACAAAAAGUCACUGGAAUGUUUUAUAGAAAUGUUAUACUUCAUUUUUAUACUGUAUAUAUGAAAAUGUUUACAAGAUUUAAAAAAAUAUUUGAUUGGACUUUGGGAGUUUCAUUGUCCUAAUGUCAUCUUAAAUUUAUAUUUUUAAAUCUGUAAAUUUCAGUGGUUGAUAAACCCCAGUAUGGUGCAUAGAUAUCCUCACCAUUGUUAAAAUGCUCUGGACUUCAGAUUGAAGUACAAUAUAAACUUAUUUUGUCUACUUUUAUAGCCCUUUUUUGUUUUGGUAAAUGAAUGUGGAGAGUUUGCUGUGCAGUUUUAAAAUACUGGACAAUUUUUUUUACUGAUUUUACAUAGCAUAUGUUCACAGUGGAGACCUGCCAGUUAUUUGUUUUUUACUGAGUACUACUCAGUACUACUCACUCGUUCAUGGUGCCUUUUAGCAGUCUGUUCAAAGAGCUUACUUUAGUAAAACACUGACUAUAUGUCAUAACCAGCACUUGCUUUACUUCAAAGGUUAUUUUUUACUAAGAUACCAAAAUACAUAAGAUGUUUACAUGCUUUAUUAAUAGCACUGUAUCCUUUUCAUUUUGAUAAAUGUCAUACUUAUGAUUUGGAAUAUUCAAAAUGUUUUUUCUAUUCUUUUUGUGACUACACCUUCAACAUUUUUUGUUUUAUAUACUCAGAUCUUCUGCUUACUUGCAACAAAAGCUGAAGUAGUAGCACAAUAUAUACAGUGCCUUCAGAAAGUAUUCAUUCUCCUUGAUUCAUUCCACAUAUUGUUGUGUUACAGCCAGAAUUCUAAACGGAUUAAAAAAAUAAUAAAUCUUACCCAUCUACACAUAAUAUCCCAUAGAGACAAAGGGAAAACAUGUUUUUAGACAUUUCUGCACAUUUAUUGAAAAUGCAAUAUACCAUUUACAUAACUAUUCACACCCCUGAGUCAAUACUUUGUAGAAGCUCCUUUGGCAGCAAUUACAGCUGUGAGUAUUUCUGGGUCUCGAAGAGCUUUCCACAUCUAGAUUGUGCAACAUUUGCUCAUUAUUUUUACAAUUCUUCAAGCUCUGUUAAAUUGGUUGUUGAUCAUUGCAAGACAACCAUUUUCAGGGUCUUGUCAUAUUUUUCCAAGUAAAUUUAAGUCAAAACUGUAACUUGGCCAUUUGGUCUUGUGUUUUAGGUUAUUGUCCUGCUCAUAGGUAGAGAGCAGACUGAACCAGAUUUUGCCUGUGCUGAGCUCCAUUCCGUUUAUUUUUUAUCCUGAAAAACUCCCCAGUCCUUAACGAUUACAAGCAUACCCAUAAGAUGAUGCAGUCACCACUAUGCUUGGAAAUAUGGAGAGUGGUACUCAGUAAUGUGUUGUAUUGGAUUUUGUAUUCAGGACAAAAAUGUAUUGCUUUGCCCACAUUUUUUGCAGUGUUACUUUAGUGCCUUGUUGCAAACAGGAUGCAUGUUUUGGAAUAUUUUUAUUCUGCACAGGCUUCCUUCGUUUCAUGCUGUCAAUUAGGUUCGUAUUAUGGAGUAACUACGAUGUUGUUGAUCCAUCCUCGGUUUUCCUUCCUCUGUGGCAACUGAGUUAGGAAGAAUGCCUGUAUGUUUGUAGUGGCUGGGUAUAUUGAUACACCAUCCAAAGUGUAAUUAAUAACUUCACCCUGCUCAAAGGGAUAUUCAAUGUCCCUUUUGGAAACACGUGUUUAUUCCUGAACUUAUUUUGGCUUGCCUUAGCAAAGGGGUUCAAUACUUAAUGACUCAAGAGAUUUCAGCUUUUCAAUUUGAAUUCAUUUGUAAAAACAUAAUACCGCAUUGACAUUAUGGAGUAUUGUGUGUCGGCCAGUGACAAGAAGUGUAAAAAGUUGAGGGGUGUGAAUACUUACUGAAGGCCCUGUAUAAGGCUUGUAUUAUUUUAUCAAGCAUUUUAGAACAUUAUUAAUCAAUAGGCUUUUUUGUAUGUUAGAUUUGCAACAUCUUUAUAUAUAUAUAUAUGAUUUAUAUUUGGUGAAAAAUACUUUCUCCAAUAAUACUGUACUUCCAUUGUGCAUUCAAAUGUUUUUAAACUAAACGUGUUUGAAGAGGGAGUUAUUCAAAAAGAUCUGUCUCCUAUUUUUGUACUUGUGUACUGUUUGGAAAUGCAGCAAGAAAGUAUUUAUUUUUACUCAUAUGUUACUUCUUUCUAUUCAAUAAAAACAGCUUUAAUUAUGUUCUUUA